ACUCUCAAUACCUCUCAUCUCCACAUCAACUCUUCUUCUCUUAAUUAAUCUCUAAUUAUACUUAACCACUUAAGUGUAAUAUAAUUAAGAGAUGGCUUCCAAAACUUGUUCCUCCCUUGCAAUUUUCCUCACAAUAAACCUCCUCUUUUUCUCCCUUGUUUCAGCUUGUGGCUCCUACUCAUGCAACCCUACUCCAAAACCAACUCCAAAACCAAAGCCAAACCCAACUCCUAACCCUACCCCUUCAAGUGGAACAUGCCCACGUGAUGCUCUUAAGCUCGGUGUAUGUGCCAAUGUCCUAAAUGGAUUGUUGAAUCUAACAUUGGGACAACCGCCAGUGAAACCAUGUUGCACCCUUCUUGAUGGCCUUGUUGAUCUUGAGGCUGCAGUGUGUCUUUGCACUGCCCUUAAAGCCAACGUUUUGGGCAUUCAUCUUAACCUUCCCAUCUCACUUAGCUUGCUUCUCAAUGUUUGCUCAAAGAAAGUUCCACGUGGUUUCCAGUGUGCCUAAAUAAAAUCAUGUACUAAUGUAUUUUGUGUUAUUUGUGGUUUUUGUUGGUUUUUGGAAUUGGAUUUAUGAGUGUUUGAUUCUUGUAUACGUGCAUGGAUGAUUAUUAACGACUCGUUAUGAUCCUUCCACUCACUAUUUUGUUUUGUAUUGUGACAGUGCUAUUAUUACAAUAAAUAAAUUUCAUAUGUUUGCUUAUAUGUAAAUCGAAUGGAAUCAAAUAUUGUGAGGUGGAGUAAUUUAUUUGAUUGGAAAAUUAAUUAUAGAUACAUAUUUGUUUGUUAAA